AUGGCCAGCAACUCGUUCCGUGAGUCGAAGCGUGGUAGACAUGCACAGGCCAACCAUGAUGUUGGCUAUUUCAACUGCUCACUCAAGGAGCUGCGCUCCCUCAUGGAACUCAGGGGACCUGAGGGAAUAACUAGAAUCCAAGAAUGUUAUGGAGAUGUCCAAGGACUCUGUACCAGACUGAAAACAUCACCUAUUGAUGGGUUAGGAGGGCAUGCUGACGACAUCGCCAGAAGGAAAGAGGAGUUUGGACAGAACGUUAUACCUCCAAAAAAGCCAAAAACAUUUCUUCAGUUAGUGUGGGAAGCGUUGCAAGAUGUGACACUAAUUAUCCUAGAAGUGGCAGCCAUCAUUUCAUUAGGCCUUUCUUUUUAUAGACCUCCAGAUGCCGAAAGAGAAAAUUGUGGAAAGGCAGCGGGAGGAGUGGAGGAUGAGGGGGAGGCAGACGCGGGCUGGAUUGAGGGUGCAGCCAUCCUCCUGUCCGUCGUCUGUGUGGUCCUGGUGACAGCGUUCAACGACUGGAGUAAAGAGAAGCAGUUCCGCGGGCUGCAGAGCCGUAUUGAACAGGAGCAGAAGUUUACGGUGGUCCGCGGAGGCCAAGUCAUCCAGAUCCACGUGGCUGAGAUCGUCGUCGGCGAUGUUGCACAAGUGAAAUACGGUGACCUUCUUCCUGCUGAUGGUGUAUUGAUCCAGGGAAAUGAUUUGAAAAUCGAUGAAAGCUCUCUAACCGGUGAAUCUGACCAUGUCAAGAAGACAUUGGACAACGAUCCCAUGCUGCUGUCAGGUACCCACGUCAUGGAGGGUUCUGGGAAGAUAUUGAUCACAGCAGUAGGUGUCAACUCCCAGACCGGCAUCAUUUUCACACUACUUGGAGCCGAGGAAGACGAAGAUGACGAUGAGGACGAAAAGGCGGAGAAGGAAAGGAAAAAGAGGGAGAAAGAGGAGAAGAAGAAAGAGAAUGAGAGGAAAAAGAAAGAGAAGAAAGAAAAGAAGGACAAGAAAGACAAACUGGACAAGAAAAGUAAGUCUAAGGGUGGUGCAGGCGUGGAGAUGCAGCCCCUAAACUGUGACGACGGAGGAGAGGAGAAGAAGAAAGCUAACCUACCAAAGAAGGAAAAGUCUGUGCUCCAGGGGAAGUUGACCAAAUUAGCGGUGCAGAUUGGCAAAGCAGGCCUGUUCAUGUCGGGAUUGACAGUAAUCAUCCUGAUAACUCUGUUUAUGGUGGACACUUUCUGGAUCCAGGGCCUACCAUGGGUCGCGGACUGCACACCCAUCUACAUUCAGUUCUGUGUCAAGUUCUUCAUCAUUGGUGUAACUGUGCUAGUGGUGGCGGUGCCCGAAGGUCUCCCCUUGGCCGUCACCAUCUCAUUAGCCUACUCUGUCAAAAAAAUGAUGAAAGACAACAACCUGGUGAGGCACCUGGAUGCCUGUGAAACCAUGGGCAACGCCACAGCCAUCUGCUCUGACAAAACGGGGACAUUAACCAUGAACAGGAUGACCGUGGUCCAGGCUUAUCUGGGAGACAGGCACUACAGGGUGGUUCCUGAGCCUGACCUCAUCCCAGGCAAAGUCUUGAACCUGCUCAUUAUGGGCAUCGGAGUCAACUGUGCUUACACUUCCAAGAUCAUGUCUCCUGAGAAGGAGGGCGGGCUGCCGCGCCAAGUGGGCAACAAGACUGAAUGUGCCUUGCUGGGCUUUGCCUUGGAUCUGAGACGGGACUAUAUGACCAUCCGCAAUGAGAUCCCAGAGGAGAAGCUCUUCAAGGUCUACACCUUCAACUCAGUCAGGAAGUCCAUGAGCACGGUGCUAAAGAACGCAGAUGGGAGCUACCGCAUGUUCAGCAAAGGAGCAUCAGAGAUCCUCCUGAAGAAGUGUUGUAAGAUCAUGACAGCCAAUGGGGAGGCUAAGGUCUUCAAGUCCAGGGACAGAGAUGACGUGGUGAAGAAGGUGAUCGAGCCCAUGGCCUCCGAGGGCCUCAGGACCAUCUGCCUGGCCUACAGGGACUUCCCCCCUGCCGACGGCGAGCCUGACUGGGAAAACGAAAGUGACAUCCUCACCGGCCUCACCUGUUUGUGUGUGGUGGGCAUCGAGGACCCCGUACGGCCAGAGGUCCCUGACGCCAUUAAGAGGUGUCAGCGCGCUGGCAUCACGGUGCGCAUGGUCACAGGGGACAACAUCAACACGGCUCGGGCCAUCGCUAGCAAGUGUGGCAUACUGCAGCCCGGAGAUGACUUCCUCUGUAUAGACGGCAAAGAAUUCAACCGACGAAUUAGAAACGAACUGGGAGAGAUUGAGCAGGAGCGCAUUGAUAAGAUUUGGCCCAAACUCCGUGUGCUUGCAAGAUCCUCACCCACUGACAAACAUACCUUAGUGAAAGGUAUAAUGGAUAGCACUGUACAAGAACCAAGACAAGUUGUUGCUGUAACAGGAGAUGGUACUAAUGACGGCCCUGCCUUGAAGAAAGCUGAUGUUGGAUUUGCCAUGGGCAUUGCAGGCACGGAUGUGGCCAAAGAGGCCUCAGACAUCAUCCUGACAGAUGACAACUUCAGCAGCAUCGUCAAGGCGGUGAUGUGGGGACGGAACGUCUACGAUAGCAUCUCCAAGUUUCUCCAAUUCCAGCUGACGGUUAAUGUGGUGGCUGUCAUUGUGGCCUUCACUGGAGCCUGCAUCACACAGGACUCUCCUCUCAAAGCUGUCCAGAUGCUGUGGGUGAACCUGAUCAUGGACACCUUUGCCUCGCUGGCCCUGGCCACUGAGCCCCCAACUGAGUCUCUCCUGCUGAGGAAGCCGUACGGCCGCAACAAGCCCCUCAUCUCUCGAACCAUGAUGAAGAACAUCCUGGGCCACGCCGUCUACCAGCUCACCAUCAUCUUCACUCUGCUGUUCGCCGGGGAGCAGAUGUUCGACAUUGACAGUGGGCGGUACGCGCCACUCCACGCCCCUCCCUCAGAACAUUACACAAUUGUCUUCAACACCUUCGUCAUGAUGCAACUCUUCAACGAGAUCAACGCCCGCAAGAUCCACGGCGAGCGCAACGUCUUUGACGGCAUCUUCAAAAACAUGAUCUUCUGCUCCAUUGUGUUAGGAACGUUCGUCAUCCAGAUUGUGAUAGUGCAGUUUGGAGGGAAACCUUUCAGCUGUGUGUGCCUCACCAUCGACCAAUGGCUCUGGUGUGUCUUCUUGGGCUUUGGAUGUCUACUGUGGGGCCAGGUGGUCACCACUGUCCCCACCAGCCGGCUGAAGUUCCUGAAGUCUGCAGGCCAUGGCACGCAGCAGGAGGAGAUCCCUGAGGAGGAGCUGGAGGAGAUGGAGGACCUAGACGAGAUCGACCAUGCUGAGAUGGAGAUGAGGAGGGGACAGGUCCUCUGGUGCAGAGGUCUAGGCAGGAUCCAGACUCAGAUCCGCGUAGUGAAUGCCUUCCGAGACACUAUGUCCCCCUACGAGGGCCUGGAGACCCCAGAGUCCCGCAACUCCAUCCACAACUUCAUGACAACCCCAGAGUUCAGGAUAGAAGACUCAGAGCCACAGAUCCCACUCAUCGAUGACACAGAGGGGGAGGAUGAUGCUCCCACCAAGCGCAACGCUGCACAGACUCUGCCCCCACACUCCAAGCUGGCCACCCUCCCGUCCUCGCCCAACCAGAACAAUAACGCUGUGGACAUGGUCAUCCCCCUCCACAAGGAGAGCCCAAAGAUUAGCGGGAAUCCUGAGAGUGCUGUGCUUCCGGCGUGCCCUGGGAGCCCGCUGAACAGCCUGGAGACCUCCCUCUGA